UGUGUGUGUGUGUGUGCGCGCGCGUGUUUGUGUGUGUCAGUCUGCGGACCGCGCGACUUGCUGUGCGGUUGACGUCUGGGUAGCCGCGAAGCUCCGAAACUGCAAAACGAGUCGUCGGGAGAUUCGUUAAAUCUCAUAACGAGAUCGCUACCCUCUUAUUAAAGUGAGAGCCGAAGAGCAGGACCGGCACUCGGACGAGCUGCGCCGACGAGGCUACUGACUUCCCCUAUCAGUGUAUUUGAGUGAGUGAGUGAGUGAGUGGGAGGGUCAAACUCGAUGACUAAUAAGGAGAGGAAGCCAAGCGAGGGAGCCCAUUCUUACUUUUUGAUUUGCAGACGACUUUUGAAUCACUGCUGCCGGCUAAACAUUAUGCACGUUUGCUCUUGGAUUAUAAUAAAAGGCAAAGUUUGAUUCUGAAUAUAUCUGGGAAUACUGUUCACAUGAGUCAAAGAAGAAAUGAGACACUCUGUAGCUGUAUGGGCAGUUUUGUUUUGGGUGGCAAAUGUCAGUGAUCUCAGCAAUGGCAUGGCAGUCACUGACAGAGCAGGUCACACAUGCCCAGUACUGAGGGCUGAUGAAAACCAGUUUAAGCAAAGCCAGAAGACUCUGGAGCUGACUGGAUUUGACCUGACAGAGAAGUUUUUACUGAGGAAGGCGAGUGGAGGAGAUGAUCGGCCGUCCUUUAGACUGGGAACCUCUCCGCUAAUAAAGCCAACAGAGCUUGUGUUUCCAAAUGGGCUUCCCGACGAGUAUUCAUUAGUAUCCACAUUUCGAUUGAGAAGGACCACCAAGAAAGACCGCUGGUACCUAUGGCAAAUUGCUGAUCAGAAUGGCAGCCCACAGAUAGCCAUUGUAAUAGAUGGGAAUAAAAGAGUGGUGGAAUUGGCAGUGAGAGGUCUUCUGAAGAACACUCUUUAUUACACUUUCAAGAGUCGGGAUCUUCACACUUUGUUCGACCGCCAGUGGCACAAACUGAGCUUCAGCUUUCAGUCCAAAAUUGUCUCCCUCUACAUGGACUGCAAGCUGAUUGAGAGAAGACUCAUCGAUGAAAAGGACGCCAUCGACUCUGCGGGCCGCAUGCUCAUCACCACUCGUGUAGAAGAUGGCAGGCCGAUCGAUAUUGAACUUCAGAAGUUAACGGUCUACUGUGAUCCGCUAAUGCCUGAGCUGGAGGCCUGCUGUGAAAUUCCCAAUACUUUGUGCACACCGAAGGAGCUGUUACCUGCCACCUUCCCGUCUCUGAUCACCAGCCAUCAGCCUAGAACAACAUCUCAGCACCCUGUGCCAGCAAGCGAGAGAUGCCAGUGUUCAGCAAUUAAGGGUGAACAAGGCUUGCCUGGAACAGCAGGAGACCCCGGACAGAAAGGAGAGAAAGGUGAUAAGGGUGACAAGGGCAUAGAUGGCACACCGGGGACAGAUGGCUCACCCGGAUCCCCAGGAGCUGCUGGGCCUCUAGGACUUGAUGGUGACAAAGGUGAAAAAGGAGAUAAAGGAGAUGUCGGUCCUGAGGGGCAACCAGGAAGAGAAGGUUUAAAAGGCGACCCUGGAUCUCCCGGUUUAAGUGGACCCAAGGGUGACAAAGGUGAUGAAGGAAGACCGGGCCCACCUGGCUUAACCAUUGAAGUGAAAGGCCAGAAGGGCGAAUUGGGUCCACCUGGUGUAGUGGGAGAAAAGGGUUCAGAAGGUCACCAAGGAGAACCAGGAAAAGAAGGUCCAAGAGGACGAAGAGGAAAACCAGGCCUUCCCGGCAGCCCUGGACCCCCAGGCCCAAUAGGCAAUUCUCUGGACCAGGGGGAUGGCAGAAGUCGACCCAGCAAGGGUGAAAAGGGAGACUCCGGUCCCGUGGGACAGCCAGGAACAAAAGGAGACCAAGGCGAUUCAGGUCCUCCAGGCAUAGACGGCACUAUGGGAAUGAAAGGAGAAAAGGGUGAAAUGGGACCAAGAGGGCCCCCUGGACCUGCAGCAAUCAGUCAUGGACUUGGGCACCUCAGUGAAUCAAAGGGGGACCCUGGAGAGAAAGGACAAAAGGGGGACAAAGGAGACACAGGUGAAUCCGGCAUUCAGGGACCACCCGGCUUAAAGGGUGAUGCUGGGGACCCAGGCUUGCCAGGCCCUUCAGGACCACCCGGAUCUGAGGGAAAAGAAGGACCACCGGGACCAGUGGGCCCAAGAGGCUUCCCAGGAGAAAGGGGGUUAAGUGGUGAGCCUGGAGAACCUGGAAACAGCGGGAUGAAAGGUGAAAAGGGGGAGUCUGGAGGAGUGAUGGGACCCCCUGGACCCCCUGGUCUUAAAGGAGAGCCUGGAGAACCAGGACUGGGACUUCCUGGCAAAUCUGGAGAAGGUCCUCCUGGAGCGAGAGGAUCGCGGGGUCCCAAGGGGGAAAGGGGUGUCCCUGGUCUACCUGGCGAUCCUGGAGAGAAAGGUCUCCCUGGAACUGGAAUUCAAGGACCCCCAGGUUUAACUGGUGAACCAGGAAUUCCGGGACCGAGAGGACCCCCAGGAGUCCCGGGACCGGUCGGACCCCCAGGCGCUGAUGGGAUACCAGGAAGAGAUGGUAAACCAGGCCUGCCAGGUCCACCAGGAGAACCAACUGCCCUACCAAUUGUUCGAGACAUGGGUGCCUUCUUAAAGAAUGCGUGCAGCCUGUGCCAGUCAAGAUCUCAUGGGUUACCUGGACAGAAAGGCGAAAAAGGAAACCCCGGCUUAUCAGGCCCGGAAGGACUAGAAGGUGAGAAGGGUGAUCCAGGAGUUAGAGGUCCUCCUGGAAAUCCUGGCGUUGAGGGGCCAAAGGGAAUUAAAGGGGAACGUGGAUUUCCGGGCCCUCUGGGGGAGAAAGGAGAUCAGGGUACCCCGGGGGUUCCUGGAUUCCCUGGCCCUAUCGGUCGGACUGGCGCUCCGGGUGUAAUGGGGAGACCUGGACAACCUGGACAAGCGGGGUCCAAAGGAGAAAGGGGAGGUGAAGGACCACCUGGAAGACCAGGGCUUCCUGGACCCCCAGGCGCUCCAUACAUCGAGGGAAAUGGCAUGAGCAGCCUCUAUAAGCUACAGGGAGGAUCUGGAGCCAUUGGUUAUCCCGGACCACCUGGCCCCCCAGGUCAGAAAGGCGACGAAGGUCUACCGGGAGAGCCGGGACCGAUGGGACUUCCAGGACUUGAAGGGCUUUCAGGAGCGAAGGGUGAACCAGGAAUCGCAGGUGCAACCGGAGUACCAGGAAUUCCAGGCUUACCAGGACCACCAGGGCCACAAGGAUUACCAGGGGAACCCGGUGACAGAGGACCGGUGGGUGAAACUGGAUUCCCAGGACCAGAAGGACCUCCCGGCCCUACGGGAAGACCUGGAAAAGAUGGGAUCCCAGGAUACGAGGGUGCUACAGGUAGACCGGGAGAGAGGGGCUCAAAAGGGGAACGUGGGGAUCCUGGGAUUCCUGGAGAAAGAGGUCUUCAAGGAGAAAGGGGCAGACAUGGAGAGAAAGGGGACCCUGGGCCUGAGGGACCAUUAGGCCCCCCUGGAGACAGAGGAAAUCCAGGACCACCUGGGCCAUUUGGUUCUCCUGGUCCUCCAGGCCCUCAGUCUGACACCAUAUCAUUUGAGGAAAUCAAGAGAUUCAUUCGAGAAGAAGUGCUGCGGGUUUUUACCGAGAGAAUGUCCAACUAUGCAUACCAGAUGAAAUCUCCAGCAGCGAUCCUUUCUGCCCAUGGUAGACCUGGACCACCUGGCCUUCCGGGCAGCGAUGGAUUACCUGGUCCACCCGGUGAAACCGGUCCACCCGGGCCUCAAGGCUACCGAGGGCAGAAAGGAGAACGCGGACAGCCUGGAAUUGGUCUUCCUGGUGACAAAGGUGCAGCUGGAGGUCCAGGUCUUCCUGGGUUUGGACAUCCUGGGCCACCUGGUCCACCGGGACCACAGGGCCCUCACGGCAAGUGUAACCCAGCCGACUGUGUGCAUCCUGCCUCUAAUGCCAGGAGGAGCGGAUAGGAGCGAGCAUCCUGUGAUGUCGCCAUUGUCACGUCUAAUUCCUGGAGUGAUGGCGAGCUUCACUGCGGUCUGUAGACCUUUACCAAAAGACAUUUUUCCCAUAAUGCCUCACACUCAGUGUUUUUUGUUUUUCUUUUUUCUUUUCCUAAAUCUGGGGAAAGAGUUUACAAUUGUGUAUAAUAGUGUAAUAUACAAUCACAAAACUUUGGUUCACCAGGCAGCAUUCCAUACUCCGGUUUGUAUAACGUGUUCUUAUUCUGUGAGGUCUACAGAAAAAAUUUUGCUUUUCAUGUAAAUUUUGUUCUUUUUUUUUUCCAUUUCAUUAUUUACUGACACUUUUAGAUUGUUUACCAGUGUGCCAAAUUGCCUAGCGUUCAUAUUUGUUUUUCAAGCAGGCAAAGAAAUUUCAUUUUUUUUAAUUUUCACUGGCACUUGAAUUGCACUGGUUAUCUAAUAGUAGUGAGAAUAUUUAUACGAUUUACCAGAUUUUUUAAAUUAAUCAAAGAGGGGAAAAAAAAAACACAGUAAUGUAUGCCUUAAACCAGGGGUUGCCAACUUCGGCCCUGGAGAACCACCGUGACUGCAGGUUUUCAUUCUGACCCUGAUCUUAUUAUGAGUGACAUGUUUGUGCUGCUAAUUAACUCCUUUUCCCUUCAUUUUAUCUGAUUUGCUCUUGAAGAGGGCAGCAC